UGUUUAAGCGAAAUUUAUUGUUCUAACCUCUUAAAGGGAGAGUUCUGUAUGAGAGAAAGUGUUUGGAAUAACAGGUGCUUAGUUUGUUGUGAACAAUGGAUAAUUAUAGUUAUUGGAACUAUUGGAAGCGGCCCUUGAAACUUCAUGAACUCAUGACAGAAAUUGAAAACACUGAUGACGAUGAGUUGAUUCCUGAUACUAUUGCCGUUCUACCGCCAGUUAACGCAAAUGAAUAUAACACUGAUGAGGAUUCCGGCGACGAAAAUGAAGUGGAUAUAAACAACCUCCCUGGAAGUUAGCUGAUGACUGAAGUUGAGGUUGUAUUUGAAAACAAGGGAUCAAACCAAACUACAGUUGAGAGUGAUUUUGAUAGCGACGAUGACCUAUCUUUGUCUAACUUUCUUACGAAAAAACGACCAAAAUUAUCAAAACCAAAUUACUCUUGGAAAAAAGGUGACAUCAACCAAGAUUUUCCAGAAUGGGUGAACACAAGUGGUCCAAAAAAUUCUUUAUCUCCUUUA